AUGAAAAGUAUCUUAGCAAAGUUGAAGGGUGGUAAAAAAGAUUCACCAAGUCAAGAAAUUCUCGUUAAAAAUCCUUUUGAAGACGGACAAAGUGAUUCUGGAAAUUCUUCAGGGAAAUCUAGUCAAGAACAUGAAAAAAGUAACCAAUUGAAUGCAGAUCUUGAAGGUGAUGGAGGAACAACAAGAGAAGGAAGUCAAGAAUUCAAUGGAGAUGUGGUUGAAGAAGAGACUAAAAACGAUACUGACGUAGAUGAUUCUUCAAACCCUGAGGUUGUUAUCGAUUCAACAAACGAGUUAAAGAAUGUUACAAUUCUUGAUAAACAAGGCGAAAGUGAAGAUGCUUCGGAAUCUUCAAAAAAGAAAAUCAAGGAAAAGAAACCAAAAGCUAAGAAAGAGUUGACCAUCAAACAAAAGAAGAAACUUUUCUUGCCAAAAGACAUUGGCUUGAGAAAACCGAAGCCACCAACGAAUGUUCUCAUUUUAAAUCCAAAGAAACAUCAUCAAAACUCAACAUUAAGAAAAUUCAUAAUUGUCUUUGUUGGACUUUUCUAUGAAUACGCGAACAUCACCAAAGUAAAUGGAAUGUAUCAUUUACGGAAAAACGUGACUACAGGAUGGCUUCGACUCUUAUGGAGUUGCAUAAUUCUGUCCUUGCUGUGCUUUGCUGGAACAUUAAAUUAUAUGCUUUAUCGACGUUAUAUUGAUUCGCCCACAAGAGUCACAAUUGCUGCACCAAUGCCAAUCAGUUCUAUUCCCUUUCCUGGCGUCACAAUUUGUCAUCCACAAAAUGUCAUGGAAUAUAAAUCGAUGGAGUUUGUAAAGAAAUUGUGA